AUGGCUGAUAACAACGAGCUUCCUCGUCUGCCAAACACUGGCUGGCGCUCUGAUGAUGGCUUCACCCAAACGCCUCGCGCUGGGGAUGAAUCCACACCAGCUUCAGCUUCCGAGGAUCCCUCUUCUUCUGUUGUAGCUCCUACCCCUCAUCUAGGAACUGACACACCCUCCUCCACUGGCCCCGAGACACCAGUCGCGGGUCACCACCCUCCUUCUGGUGGGGUUCCUGCCCGUCAUCCAGGAGCUCAAACACCUCCCGCUGGCCGCGACACACCAGUUGUUGGUCACCACUCUUCUUACGGUGGGGUUCCUGCCCGUCAUCCAGGAGCUCCCACACCUUUGGCUGGCCCCAACACACCAGUUGUUGGUCGAGCCACUUCUUUCGCUGGACCCCCUGCUCACAACCCAGGAGGCCAAGCCGCGGGUUAUGACAUGUCCGUCGUCGGUCAGAGCCCUUCUUUCUCUGGCUAUCCUGUCCACAACACACAGGUGUAUGGUCCAUCUUCCACUGGAGCCCAAGGGUAUUCCAGCUUCAUGGGGCCUGCCUAUGGACACAGCCCUUCUCAGUUCGAGCCCGCCUCCCAUCGCGGUGCUCCCUUCAACCACGGCCAACCCAUACCGUCUAUGAGGCAAGAUCAACCAUCGUAUGGGGAAUCUGUGCAGAUGCAUGGAAACAUGUUAUCUCAGCAGGAUGUGCAGACUCAUGACCCCUACCCUUGGGAAGACAGCCCUCAUUCCAACAUUGAGGAUAUUCAAGCUCAGCAUCGUAUCUACCGGUUCCGCAGUGAGCACGCGUUCCAGCGACGUGACGUCCCGCCUCCCGCGCACCGCUCGACGUCUAUGAUUACCGACGACGAUGAGUUUCUCUCGCCUAGCGCCGAACCACGUAUGCCAAUCCUCGCACGCCCUCGUCACAUGAGUGGGGUGACCUAUGACCCUUUCGUGCAUGAGCAGCCGGGUCCGCCUCGCCAAGGGCUCUUUACUACUCGCCCACGUCGAGAGCUUCAACAACCCCGAGCGACGACAACCCCUCGCCGCCGUGUUCGGAACAACAGUCCAACGGCAGAGGAACAGGGUCCCUCCAAACGUACCCGUCGCCGCAUCAACGAAGGCCUCUCCGCGUCGCCCCACGACAACAUAAGCGGAGAGCCCAUGGGCAAAUCCUCAGACGAUGAAGACGGCCCUUACCAGUCAGGUCUGCAAGGAUUGAAGAAGGAGCUCGGUAUUGACGACGCCAGCUCACGCCGCAAAAGCAACCGUGGCCGCAACCGCAAGGAGCCACCAAGCCUCCUGCACCGGUCCCAGCGCGGGGUGACUUACCAUCUGUGCGAGUUCAUCCAGCCUUGCAAGAUGACGCCCUCCCCGGACGGCAUGCACCACCGCAAGGUGGUCUCCCACAUAUUCGGGCGGAACAAAGCUUCCACAAAGCUGUUUCCGGAUGACGUGUGGGUGCACUACUGCCGGAAGCACUACCAACGUGCCCGGUACCGCGCUGACCAGUGGCCGUUCACGCAGUGCGAGCUCAUUCUAGAGUCGCUGCGUCGCAUGGAGGCCUGGGGCGGUGUCGCCUCUUUCGAGCUCACCCUCCGCCGCCGCGAAGCUAUUCGGGUGGAGGAAGAGCAGGACGACGCCGCCAGUGGCUCCGGCUCUCGACGCCGAGCGUCUGCGCCGGCGAUCCGACGAUCGCCGCUCCCAACCGGCCGUAAGCACCCUACGGCAGUGAUCUCUCCCGUCCCUGAGUGGCUGCGCUCUCAGGUUGGCCCUGGAAUGUCCUUCCAGCAGAUCCGGGACCUUGUUCUCCGGGUCCGCGAGGAAAUGGACUCCCAGCGGACCGCCGAAAAGCGUAAGCGCGAGGAGAAGAUGGGGAAGGUCACCCCCGCCGGUGAGUCCAUGGGGACCACUGCGGGGCCUAAGGGUGGCUGGAAGGGGAAGAAGGCCGCAGCAUCGAAGCUGCACCUAAGUCAAGUCCGUUUCCCGGACGUGGAGAUCCUGCCCACGUUCCGGCCUUGGGUGUACGCGGAGGCUGCGGCGCGUCAGCAGCGCGAGGGCCGCGGUGAGGAGGAGGAGGCGGAGGCGGAGGAGGAGCCUCAGCCUGGUCAGGAUGACGAGGAGGAGGAGGAGUAA